CUCCUCCGUGUGGAUAAGCUUCUCACUUUCAGUUCAAUUGGAUAGCCGGAAAGGCUCUCCUCCAAGUGGCGUUUAUAUGGAGGUGACAAAUACGAGCAGCAUCAUGUGGUUCUUCAGGGACAAAGGUUUCGAUGAUCCGAGUAUCGACAAGAUGUUGAGAAAAUGCAAACAGUUGGAAAAGGCUCAAAGCGAUGUGGCAUCAGAAAACUGGGACUACCUGAGUAACAUUGUUGGUAUCCAAGAGAGAAAACUCCCUUACAUCGUCUCUCGAUGCCCCAAAAUCCUGACUUUACGCCUCGAUGAGAGACUCAUCCCGAUGGUCGAGUGCCUCUCCAGUCUUGGAAGGAAUCCUCGGGAAGUUGCUUCCGCCAUUACCAAAUUUCCUCCAAUACUCUCUCAUAGCGUGGAGGAGAAACUCUGUCCCCUUCUUGCUUUCUUUCAAGCGUUAGGUGUGCCUGAGACUCAACUUGGCAAAAUGAUACUUUUUAACCCAAGGCUUAUCAGCUACAGCAUCGACACCAAGCUGACAGUGAUCGUCAGCUUUCUUGCUAGCCUUGGCCUUGAUCAAGAUGGGAUGAUUGGCAAAGUUCUGGUGAAGAACCCAUUUCUUAUGGGGUACAGUGUUGAUAAAAGGUUACGGCCUACCACUGAAUUCUUGAAAUCAUCCGUUGGCCUGAGUGAGGAUGGCAUUAAGUCGGUGGUCAUGAAUUUCCCACAACUUUUGUGCAGAGACGUUAACAAGAUUCUCAAACCAAAUUAUGAUUAUUUGAAGGAGUGUGGGUUUGGAGAUUCCCAGAUAGCAACCAUGGUCACUGGUUAUCCCCAAAUCUUGAUUAAGAGUGUUAAGAAUUCACUACAGCCUAGGAUCAGAUUCCUCGUCCAGGUGAUGGGAAGAGGCAUGGAUGAAGUGGCUUCUUAUCCUGAAUUCUUUCACCAUGGAUUGAAGAAGAAGGUCGAAUCGAGGUUUAAACUUGUCAAAAAGAACAACAUUGACUGCAGCCUUAGAGAAAUGCUGGACUGUAACACAAAGAAAUUCCAUGAGAAGUUUGGCUUUUCGGAGGUAACUGCAAGCUUCUAGCUUUUAUAUCUCUCUCUAGUUUUUUCCUUCAUCAGGCUCUCUCUGUAAGCUGUUUUCAGCUUGUGCACCAAUUUCUAGCACGAGCUUUUCCUUGAGUGAUUGUGAUAUCAAUAGAGUGUUUUCUUCCAGAUAUCAUCGAUUAUUCACUAUGCAUUCGUUUAUCAUGGAUUCUACACUUCCUUUUGAAAAUUACCUAAUUAUGAUAGAACCACCACCAUGGCCCGAUCAAGUGCAUAUCCAUAGAGUGGUUCCUGUGUUUUCAGGUAUUCAACUGCAAUCAAAAUGGGAUGUAUAUGUUGUUGGAUAAGUCAGUGUCAUUAUUGGCUUGUGAUUAUUGCAGCAACCGACAAGCAAAAGAAGUGUCUGCUUAGCCUAACUGCAGAACAGAAUAUGCAGCAAUGCAGUCUAGCUGCUUGUCGGAAGUAUGGGUGGGUAAAAAGCCCCUAGUCAUUCCACAAAUAUGGAGGCCCCUAGUCAAAGGUCACAUUUGAUGACAAAGAGAUGGUUGAUCGUUCUCUGCCUAUAUAGUAUGUACCUGUCAUAUAAAAAUGAAACCCCCUCUGCUCUCUCUUUUGGAUGAGAUCAACCGUAUUUUAAACCGGCCAAACUUGAAAGUUUUUUUUUGCUUCAAAUGCUCUUUCAAGUAGAGUCCCUUUUGUUAUUCACGUUUUGUAGCUAUUCUAUUCUCUCUCCUUGGACUGGUGUUUUUGUUCUUCGGUUUUUCCGAUCAAAGUUGAAUCAAGAAGAAGUUCGCUGUUUCUUGUGGUUGCUUGUUGGGCUUCUGUGCCUUUUUGAUUUUUUCUAUUUUGGGCCUGUGUGCCAUGUUUUCGGCAUUUCUGCUUUGUUGGGCCUACGUGCCUUUUCGAGCCUUGUAGUUUUCUUUGUUUAAAGCACUCAAUAAUUGUUUGUUGACGGAC